AUGGUCCUGUUUUGUGCAUUUGUAGACCCAUGUUACAAUUACCAACCCAUAACUGAUGAAUGGAGGAACAUCAACUAUGGCUCUAAGGCUUUCUGUGACAUCACUCACCAGUGGAACGACUGGUAUCGUUUUAUGGGUAGGGCUGGGAACAAGAUGCCUGAUUCAGCGCCAUCAAAGGACCGAUGCGGCACUUCAUACCCGAUCUGGUUGUACGGUGGACAUCCAAAGGUCAGCAAUGGCAUCGUGUCACGACGACUAUGCACGUAUUAUUCCUCCUACACGUGCACCACUAGUUCCCAACGUGGUGAACUUCAAGUGUAUGAAUAUGCCAAGGUGAAGAAGUGCCCAGGAGGAUAUUAUGUGUACAAGUUACCAUAUUUGCAAGCAAUGUGUAAUAGGGCAUUCUGUGCAGUUAAAGACACCAGUGACCCGUGCUUAGACAGCAACUGCACAUACGGGUGUGUCAACCAGAAUGGACAGGCGCAGUGCACGUGUCCAGCUAACAUACUCAACUCCAACAGAAACCAAAGUUGCGUAUCUCCGUGUUCAAAUAACAAUGGCGGGUGCAGCCAUACUUGUCGGUCAUCAGGAGCUGGUAGCAAAACUUGCGAGUGCCCGGAGACCAUGGAGUUAGACAAGGACCAGAAAACGUGCGUGGAUCCGUGUGAAGGAUACAAGCUUCUGGAUCAAGAAUGGAGAAAUGCAAAGUAUGGGUCAAACAAUUAUUGUGACGAUAUGACAAGUUUCGAAGGCUGGUACAGGUUUGUGAAAGGAGCAGGCAACCGGAUGGCUGACUCGUGUGUGUCCUGGAAUCAUUGUGGAGGAAGUGGUAGAACACGAUGGCUAUUAGGUGGUCACCCAACUGCGAAGGACGGCAUCGUCAAACGAAAAAUAUGUACUCGGUCCUCUAGCUCCAGCUGCAACUGCUACGAUAACUCUCACACCAGCUUUGACUACGCCUUGGUGCGGAAAUGUCCGGGAGGAUACUAUGUGUACAAGUUCCCUCAGUUCCAGUGGCAUUACUGCAAUGUUAAUAUGUGCGGAGUGACAGACACCAGCGACCCCUGCCUGAACAGUACGUGUACUCACGGCUGUACUGGUGACAAAGGGAGCCCAGUGUGUACGUGUCCUAGCAACCUGGUGCUGGCGGAGGACAGGAACACGUGCGUAUCUCCAUGUGACAUAGACAAUGGUGGAUGUAGCCACAGUUGCCAUAGUGACGUGAAUGCUACCGUCACUUGUAGCUGUCCAUCCGGCCUGGUUCUGGCGGGAGCUAAGAAGAUUUGUGUGACUCCAUGCCUUCAUCAAAAUGGCGGUUGCAGCCAUUUCUGCAAAGCAGACGACAAGGGGAAAAUAUCCUGUGGAUGCCCUGCUAACAUGGUGUUAGCAAAAGAUAACAAAACAUGCAUAAGCACAUGCAGCAUCAACAAUGGCGGUUGCAGUCACAACUGCACUGAUAGUAACAGUGGCGCCAUCUGCAGUUGUCCCGUCAGCUGGGAGCUGGGGAAUGAUAAACUUACUUGUGACCAGGACGCCAAUGAGUGUAAAAGAAACCCAUGCUCGCAGCACGCAACGUGCAUCAAUACCCACGGCUCGUUUAAAUGCGUGUGCAACGCGGGCUAUGCUGGGGAUGGGUUUAAUUGCCAUGAUGAAAGGCCAACAGACAAAAACACCAGACAUUGCCGAUGCCGACUUAGAGCUGAAACCAACAGCACAGCUCAGGGUCCUAUCUUAUUUGACCUCCCGACCUUGAUCUACGGCCACAAGACCUUGUGGGCUACAGACAUGUAUGGCAACGAGAGUGCCGCUUAUGUCAUCACGGACAAGUACCCCAACUUCUACAACACACUGCGAAGACGCAAGGCCAUUGGCAGCCGAGAAGACCUUCUCACUUGUCUCAAGGUGCUCCGUAGCUGCCCUACCGACUGCGAACGCCUAGCAAGGAUCAUCGUAGGUGAUACCCUCGGGUUCGAGACCAAGCUGUUGGUGGAGAACUCGGCCCACGACCAAGUCUACAAAACCAUGGGCCAGAUCAUGUGCGAAACGUACAACCAUCACAUUGACCCCCCAGGGAAGAGAGUGGUGGUAUUCUAUAAUCCCGGGGAGGACUGCGGGGACGAGUUAAGUACGUACGCAUCAGAGGCGUAUCUAUGCUGCAACUCGGAGGACGUGUCCGGCAUUGGUAAAUUGACUUUCUGGAACCGGAAGUGUAGUGGAGGAGUGAAAUUGUCGGAACUCCUCGUUGGUUAA